CGAGGCGCUUUUAGACAAAAGGAUGGUAUUCUAAAGCAUCUGAAUACCGCUAGAAUAGUUAUACGGUCAAUUCACAAUUCAAUACCGCUCAGAGAAGACGCUACAUCACUUAAACGUAUACUGGCAGAUUCAAUAAAAGCAACUGGUCCUAUACCAGUAUCAAGGUAUAUGUCAGUAUGUACAUAUCACCCUACAGAAGGCUAUUACAGUCGUAAAGAUAAGGAUCCGAUCAGCAAACAAGGUGACUUCAUCACCUCACCUGAAAUUUCGCAGGUUUUUGGCGAGUUAAUAGCCGUCUGGUAUCUUCACCAAUACCAUUCAAUCAAGCACAGUUUAUCACACGAAGGAAAAGAAGUACCGAAGAAGGUCAGGUUUGUCGAAUUAGGACCUGGAAACGGUACCCUCAUGAGCGAUAUUUUACGUACAUGGAAAUCCUUCCCCUCCGCUUGGAACAGCCUCGACGGUGUUCAUCUGGUCGAAACAUCGCCUACCCUUAGAGAAACACAAAAAAGCACGCUAGAGAGUUACGACAAGGAUAUCCAAUUUUAUGAUAGAAUACAGCAUAUCGAAAAAGAUGACACAAGUCUCACAUUUAUAGUGGCACAUGAGUUCUUUGACGCUCUACCAAUUCACGUUUUCCAGAAAACAGAUGUCGGCUUCCGUGAAGUACUAGUCGAUUUGACAAAUCCUCGUGUACGUGAUAGUGAAAAUGAGAGCGAAGCAGAAAAACAGCCAGCUGAAUGGAAUGACGCUGAAACUGGUUUCAAAUACGUUGUCAGUAAACAGCAAACCCCAAUGAGUUCAUUCUUGCCAUUGAUAGCACCCCACAUCUUCUCUGAGGAGGGUAAAGAGAUAGGCCAGCGGUUAGAACUCAAUGUAGAAGGUUACUAUAUUGCCAACGCAAUAGGAAGUCUGUUGGAAGGUACACCAGGUGGGGCCGCACUCAUCGUCGAUUAUGGUCAAGACGGCUGGACGGGUGAUACUCUUCGUGGAUUCAGAAACCACAAACAGGUUGAUGUUUUGAGUGCACCUGGUGAGUGCGAUAUCACAUCUGAUGUAGAUUUUGGCGUCUUGCGAGAAUCUCUAUCACACAACUCAGCCAACGUAGUUGGAUCGAAUGUAAUGACCCAGCGUGAUUUCCUCAUUAAGAUGGGUGUAGCACCACGGUUGGAUACUCUCCUUGCUAAUGCUAUGUCGAAAGAACGGAAAUUACUAAUUGCAGAAUCAGCUAAACGUCUCCUCGACGUACGCGGUAUGGGCAACCAAUAUAAAUUCAUGGCGGGCUUUAGUAGUAAUCAGGAGAACCGCUAUCCAUUUGAAUAA